CUUACAUAGAAGCUUGGUGACUCUAAAAAUGAACGGAUUUCCACCGUUUUCGAGGGACUCUGCAUUACAACCACCACAACACAAUGGUCAACAUGGAAACUACCCCACCAAUUUCCCAUCCACGAGCUCCACUCCCUUUUCUGAAUUCUCCCCCCAACACAUGAAUAAUGUGAACGUCGCGAACAGUAACUCACAAAUGCGACUUCCUACCUCUCAAGAACAAUCUCAGCCUCAUUUCAAUUCAAUCAGUUCACCUUGGGGAAUCUCGCAGCAAACUCAGCAGCAUAUUGCACCUAUGUUAUCCCAUCCACAGCAGUCAAACAAUCAAUGGAGUAAUGCCAUUCCAACUCAGGCUCAGUUCAUGAACGGCAUGAACGCCGUUAUGAGUGGAAUGUCUAAUAUGCCGAUGAACAUGAACAUGCCCGCCCUCAACAUGUCUUUGUUCCAGCAGCAAAUGCUACAUGAUGCGUUGGCUCUUUCCACCCCAGUGGCUGGUGCAGACGAUGAGAGACUCAUCAUAGAUACUUUGGUGGACGCAAGGGCUCGUAAAGACAACUACAAGAAUGCGUUAAAUAGCCUACAUGGUAAAAACGGUCACUCGGCGACGCUCUGGAAAGAUUUCUACCUAGAAUGGAAAGAUAAAAUUGAUCCACACGUCUCUCUCUCGUUGAAACGCAAGGGCAUUCCGGAUCCUCUUCCGAUAGUCAAGGUAGCGAAAAAACCCACACCGGCUUCGUUCAAACACGAACCUUCUCCUCCUCCCUCACCAGUCCAUGCACUGAAACCCAAAGGCCCUUUACCAAAUGCUUCUAGCUCUCGCUCGGCCGUCUCGAGUUCGCCGAAUUCUCUGCCAAAACUGCCUUCCAUUAAGAGUGGAAAUCGCCGCAGCACAAUCAAUAGUAUCACUGCUCACCACCCUUCGUACAACUCUCGCCUACCUCCGCCCAACUCAGAAAUCACAAUACCUGACGCUCCUUCGCGUUCACCGAGUCCCCCUAACAAAGUAGUGCCUCAUAGUAGAGGGAACAAAUUUACUAAAGAGGAUAAGGAAUUCUUCAUCAAAUUCAUUCAAUGGCGCUUGAGAUGCGAUCAGAGUUUAACACGCACUCAAUUAUGUGAACAACUCGCAGAAAAAGCACCCCACCAUAGCCUUCAAUCGUGGGCGGCUCAUUGGUCCAAUAACCACGAUCUUCCAGACAAGAUACUUGCUGCUGCAUACGGGGAGGCUGAUACAAACGAGGAGGACACUGAAGAUGAAAGCUCGGGGGAAGAAGAGGUGCAGAAGUCGCGUCCUCGUAAAUCGAUAUACAAGGAAUCCAGCUCAGAAGGAGACGAGCAGGACGCGGAUGACGACCUCGAUCAGGAAAAGGAUCAAGAUGAAGACUUCAUUUUGCCUUCGUUUGACGAAAGUGCCAUGGGAAUGGCGGGCGGUUCCUUUACCGAUGCAGACUUUGCUUUGACUGCCCGAUAUGUAGCGAGUUUCAAUGACUUCUCCAAAAAAACACAUUCUAGCAAAUGGGUGCCAUGGAGUCAACGCUAUCCACAGCGAAGCCACAAGUCAUGGGCUGAGUUUUACAGAAGGAAUGAACAAAGCCUUCUUACCCUUGCUAGAAAAAUCAAGAACGCGGGGGCAGCAAGAGGACUUUCACCGAAACGUGAAGAAUCCGAAAAUGCUACACUCGCCGACCUGGUGCCGGAUGCUAACGGCCCUCCAAAAGCCAAACGCAAAUAUACUGCAGAUGAUCAGGAACAGAAUGUCGACAAUAACAGAUCAAAGACAAGCAAAUUUGAGUAACAUUUGCGUGAACUGCUUGUCUGCUUAGUGUUGGGAUUUUCUACUGUAAUGCAUUUACUUAACUGCGUAAAUAUCGUACAUACUAUGUAGUAUUCCUCGUUUCCUGAACCGACUGGGACUUGGAUGAUGGCGGUGAAGACAUAAUCUUGCGAGGAAAUAACAUUCACCGCCGCUGGAGGCGUUGUUAAGUUGAUUGAUCAUACAUACAGCGCUCUCGCUCUUCUUGUAUCAGCAAUUGGAACUUUAACUUGGCGACAAGUGUCAAGUGUGUAACACAGUGUGUAUUAGGAAGGAUCGACCGACCACGUGUUGCAAAUGAAUC